UAUAACAACCACUUCACGACAGUCUCUCCACGACGGGAAAUGCGAUCGAUAUAGCCGUACUACUAGUUAGCGACGAUCGCUCACUAGUACAUCCGGAAUUGUGGGGAAGUGGGGUAGUGGGGUACAUUGCAGGCGGGUUGUGGGGACGCAGGAAGUUCCGACACGAGAUGAUGCGGUACCCCAUCUCGAUUUCCCGAGUCCUCUGUAGACCGAUUAUCGAUACCAGUACCCAGUCGGAGCAUCCAAAAAAUCAAGAUGGCGCUCGAAGACCUACUCCGCUACCUCCUUGCACUGCCGCGCGGCCCUCUCCUCCUCCUGCUGCCACUGCUCAUACCCAUCUACAAGCUUAUCCGCGCGCUCGCCGAUCCGCUGCGGACCGUGCCGGGGCCUACUGUGGCGCGCUUCACUAGACUGUGGAAGCUCCGGGCGUUCUACAGGGGCGACUUUGAAAAGACCAAUAUCGCGCUGCACCGGAAGUAUGGCAAGAUCGUGCGCAUCGCACCCGGAGAAUACAGUAUCGACGACCCAUCGGCAGCCAAAGUGAUCUACGGCCAUGGCAACAACUUCGUCAAGGCUCCGUGGUACUACGCGUGGGGCUCUGUCGAUCCUCACGCGGCCGACCUCUUCUCCGACCUCGACCCGGCACGGCACGCUAUCCAGCGUCGCAAGUACGCGAGCGCCUUCUCGAUGACCGCGCUGCUACAGAUGGAGCAGUAUGUGGACGGGUGCACGGAGCUACUGCGGCGGCGGUUCUCCGAGUUCGCGGCGUCGGGCGAGCGUGUGGAUGUCGCGCAUUGGCUGCAGUGCUAUGCGUUCGAUGUUGUUGGGGAGUUGACGGUGGGGAAGAGGUUUGGGUUUCUGGAUAGCGGCGAGGAUAUUUCCGGGAUCAUCGAGGCGAUCAACAGCUACCUGCGGUACGGCGCGCAUGUCGGCAUCUACCGGCGGCUGCACCCGCUGCUGAGCAGGGUCAAUCAGUUCCUGGCGAAGGGGAAGGAGGGCGGUUUUGCCUUCAUUGCCGUCUUCACGCAGAGGCAGAUCGACGAGCGGCUGUAUUCCGGGAAGGAGACGGGACGACAGGACUUUCUUACGCGGUUCCUCGGACUGCAGGCGCAGGACCCCGAGAAGUUUACCUGGGCCGAUGUGAUGGCGGGGUGUACCACGAACAUUGGUGCUGGGAGUGAUACCACGAGUAUCUCGCUGUCCUCGGUGGUGUACAAUCUCUGGCGCCAUCCUGAGUGCCUGAAGAAGUUGAGGGAGGAGCUGGAUGGAAAGGUUGACGGACCCGUGUCGUUCAGGGACGCCCAGGAGUUUCCGUAUCUGCAGGCCGUACUGAAAGAGGCGCUGAGGGUGCAUCCCGCGACUGGGCUGCCGCUCGUCAGGGUUGUGCCGAGGGGAGGCGCGAUGUUGGCUGGGCGAUUCUUCAAGGAAGGGACAGUCGUCGGCAUCAAUUCGUGGGUUGCACAUAAUAACAAGGUUUCCUUCGGUGCAGACGCCGACGGGUUCCGACCGGAGCGGUGGUUGGAGAGCAAGGAGAAGUCGAUGUUCAUGGACCGAAAUUUCUUCGCCUUCGGCAUGGGCUCUCGUACCUGCAUCGGAAAGCACAUCAGCCUGAUGGAGAUGUCGAAGGUGAUGCCCAUGAUUGUGCAGAAUUUUGAUUUCGAGUUUGAGGGGCCGUGGACGACGAAGAACCAUUGGUUCGUCGCUCAGAAGUUUCGGUGUAGAGUGCUACUGCGCCGUGCGCAGGAUCCAAGCGGAACGCUUCUAGGCUGAUUGUAUUGUUCCAUGAUCCAUAUGGUUGACGGUCAGGUGGUCUUUUCAUAGGUCAAUAUAUCCGUAACAAUUUAAGGAACCGAGCAGGAGCAAAGGGGGCGGCGAGGGGAGCGGCAAUGAGCGGCAGAGCGCUGGAGUCGCUGGGAUCACUCCACGAAACCGAGAAUGACAAGCAUGGAUCUACAUACUCGCAUUCCGUCCCUCCUUCCCUCCGAGUCAGACGGUAGCCGAACCGCGUGCUGAAACCGGGAAUAGUGUUUCGUUUCCGUCGUCCUCCAACUUCCCAGUGCGUUGUGAGACGCCACUUCCGGACAUGGGAAUGUACAUUCCCAUGAGAAUGAGGAGAUCCGUCCAGCUAGUAAAGGGCAAUGUUACUGGCGCCUGGCAAACAGGUACCGCGCCUAGAAAUUAAGACAUGGGUGACCGGUCAAG